AACAGCUUCGCUUUCACGAUAGUCUAGUAAGCUAGACCUAACUUAGCCUAAUUGCCGUUGAAGUAAAAUUUCAUAAAGGAAGAUUAACUCAAAGAAUGUUUCGCACACCAAAAUCGGCCACCCAGUCCUCUAAAAAGAAAAGUACAAACUUUUUACCUGAGCGUGUGGUAAAGAAACCUAAACGUCAAGGACUAUGUAAAUAUUCUCACAGAAAAUGUAAUCUUAUGUGUCUAGAAGGUUAUGACUACUGCUUGAAACACAUCUUGGAAGAUAAUAAUUCACCUUACCGACCGUGUAUGUAUCUUUACACGGUCAGUGGUAAAAUAUGCGGCAAACCUGCUCUGCGACAAGAACGAAAAGACACAUGGUUUUGUGGGCCACAUAAUAGGAAAACUCAACUUCAGAAAACAAGAGCUUCAUGUCGCCAUGCCCCUCCUAAAACUCAGGAAACGUUGUUUGCCACCCUGGGACAUUAUGUGCCUCCAGAACAACCUGCUGUUAAGAAGGAAGUUGGAGGAGGAGAUUUGGCAGAAAUACAAUCCAAAGUUGUUGAUCCAUUUGUGGACAUAGAUGCGAGCAAGGUGAACAACAAAGUCAACCAAGUGUUGGAGUACGUCAGUGAGUCGGAUAGUGACGGAGAGAUGGCCAUGCUGGACAGUGUGUGGAGAGCGCAAGAUCAGGAGUCGUCUGACGCAGAGAGUGUGGAUAGUCAGAACGAAGACCCACUCAAGCAUGCUGGAACCUACACUGCUGAAGAAGUGACUAUCAUUAUCAAGGACAAAAUGUUAAGACUGCAGUCUCUAUACAUUGACCAGUUCAGACGGCUCCAUCACCUAUUGAAGGAGAAAAGAAGAAGAUAUUUGCACACCCUGAAAAAAGAAAAAGAAACACUAUGUAGCAUCCAUGACCAAGAGAAACAGACGGCUAAAGAACAGAAGUUGUAUCAGAAACUCAAAGCUUUAAAUCGUUACCAUAAACACCACGGUGUAGAAGCAAUUCUGCACAAAAAGGCUUUGGAGUUGAGGGCUCAGGUGACUGAAGGGCAUCAACUGCGAACUUCCCACAAAGGAAAGUGUGCUUUUACUGAAGGUGGAGUGAAGUGUGGAGCCAAGACACUUCCUGUCACCAAGUAUUGCCGUAAACACAUCUUGGAGGACACACAUCAAGUGCUGUUCAGGUCGUGUGGGGUCAAGAGAGAUGACCAUAUCUGUAAGGAACCCACCUUGAAUGUGUUUGAAAAUGCUACUUGUGUCUAUCACACUGUUCUACCCACUCGUGGUGAAUUAGGAACGUUGGCUCUGAAAGAAAACCAGGCAAAUGAAACUCAAGAAUCUCACAACGACAGAGUUGCAUUUGUGAGUGAUGUCGAUUCAGAAGAACUCUUAAUCAAAGACAUUCUAAAACCUACUGGCAUUGGUUCUGGAAAAUCGGAUUCUGUUGAUGACUUAGAACUAUCAAGAACAGUUAGUGACAUUUUAGCGUUAGCAGAGGCUCACUCCAAUCCCACUGACUUAAAUCAAAUUACUGCCAAACCUUUCAUUGAACAAAGUUUUGAGGCACCUUGUAAUGAUUUGCCAAAAUCAGUUUUUGACGAAAACACUAUAACUUCAUCCAAAGAAAUUGUUAAACAAGUUUCUGAAAUAAUUAAUGAAACAUCACUCGAUGAAACUAACCAACCACUCAAUAACCAAAACUUAGACACCACUUCUAGUGAAACUAGUGAACCAACUCAGCUCAGAGUCAACUCGGAGGCUAAAAUCUCGUCCUCCGAAACCCCUGAAUCAGUCAUCGAAAAAAAUGUUGAUGUUUCAUCAAGUAAAAUUUUAGAUGCAAAAGAUUCUGGCCUAUGUGAGAAAAUGGACCUAGAAGUAGAAGAACAAUCACAUUCUCCAAAUAAAGAGUCUUCAAAGCAUGAAAGUUCGCAAGACUUGAUGAUGGUAGAUAUGAUAACUGACGUGGGUGUGGUUGAAGAAGUAUUAGACAAUGAUCUGGUAAGUGAUUCAGUAGAAGUGGUUAGUUCAACACAAGAAGUAGAAGAAGAAAGUUGCAAACAGGAAUCAGAUCCUGAUCCUCAAGGAGAAGUGAGGAGACAGCAAGUGAACGAGUCUGAACGUAAAAUUAUAGGACCUGAAGAGCAAGAAAAACUUCUUGGUGAACAAACGGUUGAAGAGGAAGAUUCAGAAGAGAAUACUAAAGGAUCAAAUCAGCAAAAAAGAGUGUUUGAAUAUCAAAUAGAAUCUGAACAUCAAUAUGCGGAAAUGAGUCCAGAGAAAAAGAAAGUAAUAGAAUCUGAUAGUCAGGGUGUAUGUUCGGAACAUGAUGCAAAAUGUAUUAAAGAUACAGUAUUUAUGCCUGAUGACCAUUCAACCUCAAUGCUUCAGACUACAAGUUUACACUCUGAAGAAAAAUCCAAAGAAGAAAUACCAAUGGAGAAAGUAAUAGAAUCUGAUAGUCAGGGUGUAUGUUCUGAAAAUAAUGCACAAGGGAUUGAAGAUACAGUAUGUAUGCCUGAUGACCAUUCAACUUUAAUACUUCAAACUACAAGUUUACACUCUAAAGAAAAAGCCGAGGAAGAAAUACCAAUGGAGAUAGAUGAUGAAAGCAAAACAGAAAAUGGAUAAAUGCAUUUUACUGGAGAUUCAAACCACUUAAUUUUUGUUAGUAUUUGAUUAGUAGUUAAUCAUGAUGUAGCUUUUGUAUUGAAAUAUAUUGUUAAGUAGCUGUUUUACAGGAAAUAAAAAUAAAGAUGUUA